GAUGCUGCAGCCCUGGCUGUCUCGGAAACUGGAGCUGUUCUUUGGUGUGAAGGGUUUCAAGGCUGCCUGGGCAGUGAGAGGGGCUGGUGCUGGCCUUGGGGCUCAGCUCCCUGGUCCUUGGGCAGUGUCCGGCAUAACAGUGAUGGGACAGGGCAGGAGCAGGGAGCUGGUGAGGAACCCCUGGCGGCUUUCCCCUUCCCCACCCUUACCCCUUUUGUCUGGCUCAUAGGAUGGCAGAGAGCUUCCCCAGCAACCCCGGGUUGGCCCGGCAGGAGGAUGGGGAUCCCCAGGAGAACAAGUCCCCACCAGAGUCCACGGUCCCGCCGUUGAGAACUGCUGCCUCCAAGUUACCUUUGUACAAACUGGAGCGGAAAAACAUGGACUGCAUUGAGGCCUUUGCCAACAGCCAAGUAAAGAACUUGCGCCAGAAGUUUGGCUUUCUUGAGAGCAUCUGCUGCGUGUUUAAAACCGCCAGGCUCUAUGACAUGCAAAAUGGCCUGGAUGUCUUCUGCCACGAAUGCCGGCUCAUAGAUAACAUCAAGAUGCUGCUGGUACAGGAGCCCAUGGACCAACUGACCACAGCAGUGAGGCAGCUUGCCAUGGAUGCCAUAGGAGAAAUGAGCUCAGUGGAGAAAGUGCUGAUGGGCCAAGAGAAAAGCCUCCUAGAAACCUGCUUCAGGAGUGUGUUCUGCCUCCCUUCAAAUCCGAAACUGAGGUGCCCGGACCCUGUCCUCUAUACCUGGACCCUGAGCGCCAUGGACAACAUGCUGGUGAACAUUGUGCGCGGCUUUCACUCCUCGAGAGUCAGCGAGGGGCUGCAGAGUAUCUUGAAGGUUCUGCUGGACUUCACCUACUCUGAGAGACAAGCUGUGCGGGAGAGGGCCAUGGGGAGGAUUUUGAUCCUGACCUCUCACCUCUCCGAAAAUGUCACACUGGAGGACUGGUUCGACUAUGGAAAAGACAUGUAUGGCCCUAUCUGCUGUGGAGACUUCCCGAUCCCAAUCUUCGGACAGCUGCUGGGUCGUGUCAUGAUUCUACGAUCUUCUGAAGAAGUGACAGGCUUUCAAGCUCUGGAUACUCUUAUUUGCUUGUACGAGUUUGUCCAGAGGCAAAAAAGCAGGUUACGGACAGAGGAUGAAGAAGUAAAGCUCGAUUGCAAACCUGAUGGCAACUCCUUGCUGCAUGCACCCACCACCAAAGACUUUCUUCUGCUGUUUGCAAACUACCUCCAUCCUCCAGAAAAGACAGACGUUGUCCGCAUGGCCAUCAAAGCACUGGGAAGCUCCAACACCUGUGACAAUCAGGGGGCAAGAAACAUUCUGGAUGCAGUCGUGAAAGACCCUCGCUUCUGGCUGGCAGAUGUGCCAAAGAUCAUGAGGUACAUCUAUGAAAACCUGGAAUGCAUCAAGGUGGAGUCAGCCCGACAGAGCGUGAUGUCACUGCUUCUGGUGCUGUCUACCUGUUACCCCACGCUCGUGGUCGUCAACCUGCUGAAGCUCUCCUCACCAGGAGACAGCGCUGGCGCGGCCAUGUGGGACCUGAUGCUUUCCAUGCCCGAGGCUGUGGAGGAGAUCUUCGCGGAGCUGCUCACGAAACCUCAGAACGCAGAGGACUUCUCCAUCCUUGGCUUGGCUCCGACGGCCUCCAGGGAGUUUCAGGCAAAGGAUGAUGUGUCCCAAGCUGAGAGGUACCUGAGCCAUCUAAGCCUGGCGACGGUCUCCCUGUUGCUCAGCAACUUCAUCACUUUGUCAGAGACGCCUGACCUGGCAAGAAAAAUGAAGGUCCUCCUUCCACGCAUCAUGGUUUUGAUCAAGUAUGGCGAUGAAGAGAUCAAGCUGAAGGUCCUGCUGGUUUUCAGAAGUGUGCUGAGUCACCUGCUGAGGAAGGAGACCAGCGCCAUUGCUGUGGAGCUGGCUAGGGACCUCCUGCCCCUCUUUGAUGAAGAGUCCAGCCAGCUGCGAGAGUUCUCCAUCUGCCUCUUCAGAAGCCUGUUGGAAUCAGUGGCGGAGAAUGACAAGACGAAGAUGAGGAGCAGCACAUGGUCGUUUCUGGUCCCGCUCUUCUUUCACAUGAGCGACCAGACUGGCAGCGUGGCCAAGGCCUCCGGGGAAGCCCUCCUUGCUGCAGCAAAGCUCCUUGAGUGGAAAGAGCUUGAACACCUUUUGAAGACGUGGCAGCCGUGGAGGAUCGGAGAGUGCUUGGUGGUGCAGAACAGGAGAAGAGCUGAGGAAUACUUAUAUCAGAGCAUGCUGUACCUGGAAAACCCUCAGGCCCCCUUGCGAGAGGCAGCCGUGAGGUUCAUCGGGCUGGCUGCGCGGUCCUUCAGGGGCCUAAAGCCAGUGAUGCUGCUGCGGAUCUGCGGAGCCCUUGAGACGAUGCUGGACGACAGCGAUCCUGCCAUCCGUUCCCUGGCGCAUCAGAACUUCCUCAUACUGCGCUCUCCAAGGCUGAGGCAAAAAUCAAGGUGGAGCCUGCGAUCACUGCACUUCUAGUCCUGCUGAGCCGGCAGCGGUGCAGAGCCCGUCUUGGGAAAACGGUUCUCUUUUAAUAAAGCUUCACCAACAAGCCUAAA